AGACAACGACGCGUUUACGCUGCACGUUCGCUCCAUUAAAAGGUUGCACGGUGCUGCUGGAUGGAUGGGAUCCUCCUCACCUCAUCAUCUCAUCUUCGCCGUCGACGAGCAACCGACUCUGCUCCGCUCCAUCGUCGCCUUCCAUUCGCUCCUUCUUCUCCAGGUCAGGUCAGGAAGAAGAAGAGGAUCGUCCAGUAAGCCUUCCGGGUGGGAGACAGCCACCGCAGCAUGGACAUUCAACUCCAUGAGAUCGAAGAUAUCACAAACAACUUUGCAGAGAAUAGGAAAGUCGGCAGCGGUGGGUACGGAGAUGUUUACAGGGCCACUCAUAAAGGAGAGGAAAUUGCCGUGAAGAAGCUCCAUCAACUGCAGGGGCUCGAUGAUAAGCAGUUCCACGCCGAAUACCGUAACCUUCGUGAGGUACGCCACCAAAACGUUGUGCGGCUAAUUGGCUACUGCUACCAGACUCAGAAGAAAUACAUGGAGCACAAUGGGGAGCUUGUCUUCGCGACAGUUAUGGAGCGAGUGCUCUGCUUCGAAUAUAUGCACGGCGGAAGCCUCGAUAAACACAUUCAAGAUGAAUCUUGCGGGCUUGAGUGGCCCACAUGUUACAAGAUUAUCAAAGGGACUUGUGAGGGACUAGAUCACCUUCACACCUCACAGGGAAAACCUAUUUUCCAUCUGGACUUAAAGCCUGGUAACAUUUUGCUGGAUGAAAGUAUGACGCCUAAAAUUGGAGAUCUUGGUUUGUCAAGACUUGUUGCUUCGACAAAAACACAUCAAACAAGGAUGCGCGAUGGAACACUCGGGUUCAUGCCACCAGAGUAUGUUGACAGUGGCUUUAUAUCAAAGAAGUUUGACGUAUUCAGUUUGGGGGUCAUAAUUAUAAAAAUGUUGGCCGGGGAUAAGAGCUACUUCCGUUGCUCUGAAAUGCCCUCCGAACAGUUUAUUGAGUUUGUAAGGGAAAUCUGGAGGAAAAAGUUGCAGGAAAAGCCUGGAUAUUCCUCGCACGAAAUAGACAUGCUAGGAGUGACUUCAUGUGUUGAGAUUGCACUAAGGUGUGUGGACAGGGACAGAAACAAAAGGCCAUGUAUCAAUGAUAUUGUCCAUGAACUGGAUCAACUAGAAGCUAAGCUUAAAGCAAUGUCACUAGCUUCUGAUGUGUCAAAUGAUGCCACGGUCCAGAGAAGCUGCGACACCAACAUUAUCUCGGUGGAUCCAUCCCUGGAGCUGCGGUUCGUCUUCGAGCCAAGGAAGCAGACAUCAUGCUGCCUGCAGAUAAUCAACAAGACGGAGGGCAUCAUCGCGUUCAACAUAAAAAUUAACCAGAACAAGUAUAGUGUGCGGCCAAGCCAAGGGACCAUGCCGCCGUGCUCCUGCCGUUAUGUUAUCGUGAAGUUGCAGGCGCAGGAGGCGGCGCCGCCCAACAUGCAGUGUCAUGACAUGCUCUUCGUGCAGAACACCGGCAUCACCCAAGACUUGGCAUCAAGAGACGGUGAGAUUGAUUAUCAAGAAUUGUUUGAGAAGGCCAUGGCGGAUAAGGUGGUUGAUGUGGUGAAGCUUCCGAUCGUUUAUGUUACACCGGACCACUAGUCUCAUCCACCAAGAACUCUUUGAGGUUGUUAAGAUCCCCCCCCCCCCCCCCAGAGGGUGUUCUAUUUAAUUGUUUCUUGGUCGAUUA